AUGUACCUCUGUCACAUGUACCUCUGUCACAUGUACCUCUGUCACAUGUACCUCUGUCACAUGUACCUCUGUCACAUGUACCUCAGUCACAUGUACCUCAGUCACAUGUACCUCAGUCACAUGUACCUCAGUCACAUGUACCUCAGUCACAUGUACCUCAGUCACAUGUACCUCUGUCACAUGUACCUCUGUCACAUGUACCUCUGUCACAUGUACCUCUGUCACAUGUACCUCUGUCACAUGUACCUCUGUCACAUGUACCUCUGUCACAUGUACCUCUGUCACAUGUACCUCUGUCACAUGUACCUCUGUCACAUGUACCGCUGUCACAUGUACCUCUGUCACAUGUACCUCAGUCACAUGUACCUCAGUCACAUGUACCUCUGUCACAUGUACCUCUGUCACAUGUACCUCUGUCACAUGUACCUCUGUCACAUGUACCUCUGUCACAUGUACCUCUGUCACAUGUACCUCUGUCACAUGUACCUCUGUCACAUGUACCUCUGUCACAUGUACCUCUGUCACAUGUACCUCUGUCACAUGUACCUCAGUCACAUGUACCUCCUCAGUCACAUGUACCUCUGUCACAUGUACCUCAGUCACAUGUACCUCUGUCACAUGUACCUCUGUCACAUGUACCUCUGUCACAUGUACCUCUGUCACAUGUACAUGUCACAUGUACCUCUGUCACAUGUACCUCUGUCACAUGUACCUCAGUCACAUGUACCUCAGUCACAUGUACCUCAGUCACAUGUACCUCAGUCACAUGUACCUCAGUCACAUGUACCUCAGUCACAUGUACCUCAGUCACAUGUACCUCGUCACAUGUACCUCUGUCACAUGUACCUCUGUCACAUGUACCUCUGUCACAUGUACCUCUGUCACAUGUACCUCUGUCACAUGUACCUCUGUCACAUGUACCUCUGUCACAUGUACCUCUGUCACAUGUACCUCUGUCACAUGUACCUCUGUCACAUGUACCUCUGUCACAUGUACCUCUGUCACAUGUACCUCUGUCACAUGUACCUCUGUCACAUGUACCUCUGUCACAUGUACCGCUGUCACAUGUACCUCUGUCACAUGUACCUCAGUCACAUGUACCUCAGUCACAUGUACCUCUGUCACAUGUACCUCUGUCACAUGUACCUCUGUCACAUGUACCUCUGUCACAUGUACCUCUGUCACAUGUACCUCUGUCACAUGUACCUCUGUCACAUGUACCUCUGUCACAUGUACCUCUGUCACAUGUACCUCUGUCACAUGUACCUCUGUCACAUGUACCUCAGUCACAUGUACCUCAGUCACAUGUACCUCUGUCACAUGUACCUCAGUCACAUGUACCUCAGUCACAUGUACCUCUGUCACAUGUACCUCUGUCACAUGUACCUCAGUCACAUGUACCUCUGUCACAUGUACCUCAGUCACAUGUACCUCUGUCACAUGUACCUCAGUCACAUGUACCUCUGUCACAUGUACCUCAGUCACAUGUACCUCUGUCACAUGUAUCUCAGUCACAUGUACCUCUGUCACAUGUACCUCAGUCACAUGUACCUCUGUCACAUGUACCUCAGUCACAUGUACCUCUGUCACAUGUACCUCAGUCACACUGACUUCUGCUGA